CUGAGAGAUAUCAGGUAUUGAUGUAAACUGGAGUGAAUAAGAGAACCUUCUUCCUGAGCACAGACAUUGGAGUCUGUUAUCAGCAUGAACUCAUAUGUGUUAGACAAACAUGAAUAGUUCAUAUCCAUCCUUCACUACAGGAAGCAUCAGAAUGAUACCACAGACUUCAACAUUUUUAGACACUAAUGAAUAUUCACAAACAUUGGGGGAAAUCACAACAGAUAUUUAAAGGAAAUUAUGAAUUGGCAGGAACUGGGCAGCAAUCAUUAUGUACAGAGAGUAAUUUAGUCAUCAAAACAAGAGGACAAGAUUUAUGCCUCAACUAGUAAAAUAAUUAUCCCUGAUGAUAAGCCACAAACAUUACUGAGUUUUCAAAAGAUUUUAAAGAAGAGAAAAGUCUACAGUCUAGCCAAAUAAUUCAUAAAAAGGAGAGACCUUUCAAAUGUACAGAAUGUGAGAAAAGCUUUAGAUAUAAGUCUCGUCUCCUAGAACACCACACAAUUCACACAGGUGAGAAGCCACACACAUGUCCUGCGUGCGACAAAUGUUUUAUACAAAUGACAAAACUUAUAGCUCAUGAAAGGACCCACACAGGGGGAGAAAUCAUUUAGCUGUACAGAGUGUGGAAAAAGUUUUACACAAAUGAAUAAUCUGAAAACUCGUAAAAAGAAUAAGGCAGGAGAAAAGAUUUUCACAUGUACAGAGUGUGGAAAAAGUUUUAUAGAAAUUAGUAGUCUGAGAAAACAUGAAAACAGUCACACAGGAGAAAAGCAAUUCACAUGUAAAGAGUGUGGAAACAGUUUUACUUGUAAGGAGGGAUCUGAAAAAGCAUGAAAGGAUUCACACAGGAGAAAAGGCCGUUCAAAUGUACAGAGUGUGGGAAAAGUUUUACACAAAUAAGUAGUCUGAAAACUCAUGAAAGGAUUCACACAGGAGAAAAGCCUUUCACAUGUACAGAGUGUGGAAAAAGUUUUACAGAAAAUAGUCAUCUGAAAACUCAUGAAAGGGUUCACACAGGAGUAAAGCCUUUCACAUGUACAGACUGUGGAAAAAGUUUUACAGAAAAGAGUCAUCUGAAAACUCAUGAAAGGAUUCACACAGGAGAAAAGCCUUUCACAUGUACAGAGUGUGGAAAAAGUUUUACAGUAAGGAGUGAUCUGAAAAAGCAUGAAAGGAUUCAUACAGGAGAAAAGCCGUUCACAUGUACAGAGUGUGGGAAAAAGUUUUACACGAAUGGAUUAUCUGAAAACUCAUGAAAGGAUUCA